AACGGGGAGAAUCUAGCCAAUAUUGCCGGAUCAAGGCCAAUUGUGUUGACUAUGAUGGGGUCUAACGAUGUCAUUGAGGUGCCGAUGUCAGCGGUGCGUUUCAUUGAGGACAUGUCGGACUCUGAGAAGCAAACAGAACUCAUGAGGUUUAUGCGUGACCGUCAUAAUCUGACUAUGGAGGAACGCAGAAUGGCUGAGAACUUCAUCGAAUCAAUACCCGGCAUGCCCGAUUUCCACACCUACGAUUUCAGCUCCGUAAACAGUAUCAAUAUCUUCCGAGCGGAUCUGGCUAAGCACAAUACGGAGGCUGUACACCUAGUUAGUCAGGCUAUGCGGGUGGAGUUUGCCUGCAGUAGUAACGACUUAGACGCACUUAAAGGCGUCGCCAUAACCAACUAUCACCCCGCAUACUCACCAUUGGCACUAGCUGCUUCUGGACUGGUUCGUACGUCACAUCCUCUGACCCUGGCGGUCAACAACGGCAAUAUCGAGAUGGCCAGGUAUAUACUUGAUGAAGGGCGCGUGAGUAUACCAACGACGUCGCGUAUAUUCCGGAAUAGGAGAGAGCUGAUACCGUUUCUGCACGCAGCCACAGCCAAGAAUGAUAUUGAGAUGAUGAAAUUACUGCUGGCUCACCAUGCAGAUCCCUAUGAGGUCGCCCACAAGAUGUGUCCUGUGGGGGUGGCGUGUUUACACGGUCACCUUGAGGCCAUAGACUUUCUGUUGGAAUACCGCUUGGACCGGUCAGAGGUAGUGUGCAGACGCAACAUGCAGGAUAUGGGUGACAAGUGGCUGGAUUUGUGUGCCAUGAACGAUGCACCCGAUGUUGCGCGGCUGCUUAUAGCCUGUUUGAUCGCCGCGAGUGCACGCGCACCCCACAGUAAGAAGAUCACAGACGCCGCACAAUACCUCAUUAGAGAAGGAGCGGACAAGCGCCGCUUAAGUCACGUCGAUCCCAGUCAUUGGCUGGUACCCAUAAUUAGGAAAACCAGCGCGAGGGCUCUAUCUCUACGGAGGAUUUGUUACUUCAAGAUGCGGAGAGAAAAUUUGGAGGGCCUUAAGGAGGAAGCGUUUCAGUCGAGUUUCCCAUCAGAAAGGAGGGACUGGGAUAUCGAUAACGAUGAAGGUACUGUGUUCUCCGACGAAGAUAACGGCAGCUAG